AUGGUCGUAAGCUCGCCAGUGGGCUUCGAGCUCCUUGGCUGCUUCAACGUAUCGGCCACAUUCGAGCGCGAGGGGCAGCGUAUCGGCCAGCCGAAGAGCCACGUCGCCGUCGUCAGCAUCCCGCGGAGCCGCGUUCCAGCCGGAGGCGGCCCGAUAAGCUUAUCCAGCCCCAGCCCUGGCUCUGGAGAUAGUAUCGAGGAUGCUGUUGACGGGGCGACGGUUGAUGAUGGCGGAGGCACGGCAAUGGCGCUGCUGUUCGUCGCGAAAGCGGGGUUCACGAACGCCGUUGCUGCCGCGGGAACCGCCUUCGCCAUCAAUGACAUGGGGAGGUUCCGAAUGAAAUUCAUUCACGAGGGGAAGUUCUCGUUCGAGGUGCGCGGCGAAGGGCCCGGCGGGAACACGCUGGUGCUGUGCAGCGUGAGUCACGGGCAGCUUCCGCAGGACGUGCGGCGGCUGGCGCAGUUCAUUUCUGAUAUCAAGAUCGGCAAGGCGCCCGGCAUGCCGCACAAAUGCGUCGCGUGCGGCUUGAAGGAUAAGGCGGAGGUGGACAAGAAGCGCAAGCAGGAGGAGGCGGUGAAGGAGCGGGAGGUGAAGAGGCAGCGCAUGGAGGAGGAAAAGAAGGUCAAAGACGAGCAGAAGAAGCGCGAAAAGGAGGAGCGUGAGGCGCGGCAGAAGCAGGAGCGCGCUAUGAAAGAGCUACAGAAGAAACUCAAGGAGGUGGAGAAAGACAGAGACGACAUGGAUCGAAUACGCGAGGCGCUCGGCAAGGAGCUCAAAGAGCGCGGCGAGAUUAUCCGAGACCUGCAGGAGAAGCUGAAGGAGAAAGCGGCGGCUGCUGUAAAGGAGGCGGAGAAGCGACGCGAGGAGGAGUCGCGACGCGCGCGGGAAGAGAGCGCGGCGAGAGACGCGGCGUGGAGGGUGAAGGAGGCGGAGAUACGGCGGGCGAUGGAGGAGGAGUUCCGCGUGAAGCGGGAGGAGGAGCAGCGCGUGCGGCACGCGGCGGAGAUGCAGCGGUGGGCGCGGGAGCAGCAGAAGGCGAAGGAGGUGGAGGAGCUGCGGCGGAAGCUGCAGGAGGAGGAGGGGAAGCGGAUGUUCGAGGCCAUGUCGCACCGGGAAGAGAUGGCGAAGAUGAAAGCGGAGGGUCCCCCGCCUCCGCCUCCCCCGAAGGAUGCGCCCGCGGAGGUACUCUCGCGGUACAGCACCCUGCUGCGCGAGCGCGAGGCGCGCAUGCGCGCGGCGUUCGCGGCGGCGGCGGCGGAGAUUCGACGCGCGGAGGGGGAGCUGCGGAAGAAGCGCACGGAGGAGGAGCGACGGCGGAAGGCGGAGGAGGCGCGGCGGGGCAAGGCGGAGAGCGCAAGGCAGAAGCGGGAAGAGGCGAUGAACGCGGAGAGGAUGAGGGAGGAGGAGGAGAGGAAGCGUGCGCAAGCGGAGGAGAUGAGGAAGCGGGAGGAGGAGAGGAAGCGGAUGGAGGAGGCGGAGAAGGCGAGGAGGGCGCAGGAGGAGGUGCGGCGGAAGGCUAUGGCAGAGGAGAGCGCUCUAGCUGCGAAGCAAAAGUGGCUGGAGGAUCAGUACCGCAUGCGACAAGCAGCCACGCCCAUGACCUACGAGCAAUACGAGAACCGGCUGAGACAGAUCAAGAACUCAGCCGGCAGCGCCAACGUGCCUCUGCACUUCUGGGACAUCCCCUGGCCGCCCGAGGGCAACUGCCUCUUCCUCUCGCCCACCGACGACCCUGGGCUCAAGAAGAGGAAGUUCAAGGAUGCGCUGCUCUUCUGGCAUGCUGAUAAGUUCGUGGCUUUCUGCGGGUCUCGGCUAGUGGAGGAUCACAAGGAGGUGAUUCUGAAAAAGGUUGCCCGGUUGAGUCAAGAGGUUGUGGAGGCAAGGAAUAACUUGUGA